AUGGAUUCAACACCUUCCGCAAAACGACGUCGUCAGAGCAAAAACGACGAGACUGAAGCAGUAUCAACGUUGCCGAAACAAAUAUCACCGGUGGUUAUCUUCGCUCACGGCGCCGGCGCUCCUUCUUCUUCUGAUUGGAUGCAAAGAUGGAAGAGUACGUUGAUGGAAACCCUACACGCUGCUGAUGUUGUCACGUUUGACUACCCUUAUAUGUCUGGUGGGAAAAAGAGGGCUCCUCCUAAGGCAGAAAAAUUGGUGGAGUUUCAUUCAGAUAUUGUGAAAGAAACUGCAACUAAAUUCCCUGGUCAUCCUCUCAUACUGGCUGGCAAAUCAAUGGGUUCAAGAGUUGGAUGCAUGGUGGCGAACAUGGAAGAUAUCAAUGUUUCUGCUGUACUAUGCUUGGGCUACCCAUUAAGGGGAACCAAUGGUGCGGUUAGAGAUGAACCACUGUUACAGCUAACAGUUCCUACAAUGUUUGUCCAGGGCAGCAAAGAUGGUCUCUGUCCACUUGAUAAGUUAGAGACCACGCGGAAGAAGAUGAAAGUGCUCAAUGAGCUGCAUGUCAUUGAUGGCGGCGAUCACUCGUUUAAGAUUGGUAAGAAGCAUCUACAAGCAAAUAGUUCCACCCAAACUGAUGCCGAAGUUGCUGCUAUGAAGGCCGUUGCUGCUUUCGUUUCCAAAUCCCUUGAAGGUUGA